AUGGCUCUUACAUUCCAAGGAAUAUUUCGCCCGAAAAAGGGUCCUCACCCUGAGCCUGUCCUCAUCGAAGCCCCAGAAAAGGUUUUCUGGAUCUCCAUAGGUCUUCGCACAACAGAUCGGUUCACUUGUGAUCAGGACUUGUACGAGACCAUUGCAAAAGCUCUCAAGAACCGGGAAAUCCAUAUUCAGCUAGGUGGGGUCCCUGAACAGCUCCAGCAGCGUUUCCGUGUUUCAUUCCCUGUGCACGGUCUGAAAAUUCGCCCUAAUCCGCAGAAGCCUGCAAAGUUCGAUCUGAAGGAUAGUGAGAUUGAAAAGGCAAUCAAACAGGUUGUCAACUAUGUGAACGGCCAACGCAAGUCCAUUUAUGCUAACAGCGUAGUCAUCGAUCGUCAGGAAUUGUUCGGAAUUAGUCCUGAAAUGGAACAGAUAGAUGCGCAAGCAUUCGGGUCAAACUCCGAGCGUCCUCCUCAGGGCUCUGAUUGGUCCCGAAUGUUUGGAGUUAUGGCGUGUUACAGGUAG